GAUACAUCCCCUGGUGCCUCCUGAUCUCCUGGUAUCAAGAUGCUGAGGUUCUCCGUGCUACUUCUGGUCGCGACAGCAUCCGCGCAAAUCCCGUCGCUGGGAUGGUGCCCUGAUUAUAUGCCUAUGGCCAAUUUCAACGUGAACCGCUUCCUGGGUGCGUGGUAUGAAGCGGAGAGAUAUUUCACCGUGGCUGAGUUGGGUACGCGCUGUGUCACCACCAAGUACGAGAGCACUCCUGAGGGCAGAAUUCUUGUCUCUAACGAGAUAACUAACUCUUUAACUGGUAUGAAACGUGUCAUGGAAGGAUCCCUUCAAAUGGUCGGUAGAGAGGGCGAAGGUCGUAUGAUUAUCAAGUAUCCAGCGCUUUCUAUGCCUAAUGAUAAUGAGUACAGCAUCCUCGACACUGAUUACGACAACUACGCUGUUAUGUGGUCUUGCAAUGGCAUUGGACCUGUGCACGUCCAAAAUGCUUGGAUUUUGACAAGAGAGCGUCUAGCGCCACCGAUGGUUAUGCAGAGCGCGUAUGCUGUACUAGAACGUUUCAAGAUCUCCAGAACUUUCUUUGUGAAGACCAAUCAAGCUGAUUGCAGCAUUCUCCCCAACCCGGCCGCCGAUCCCAUGGAGAUGAAGAACAAUGCCAUUGAAGUUAUCGUCGAUGCUAAAAAUGCUCCUACACCCAACAUCGCCGCAGACCAAGUUCCUCCUGUUCAGGUAAAAUCUGACCCUGAGGUAAAAUCUGAGUGUAUCCAAGAACGUUCAGCGGUACCCGAAAUUCCCGCUGAGCCCGCCAAGCCAAUGAUGAUGCCAGAAGUAUCUGAAAAGAAAGAUGAGAAAAUGGAUAAACUAGAAGACAAAAAAGAAGAUAAAAUGGAAAUGGGAAAAGAAAAAAUAGAAAUGGAGAAAGACAAAAUGGAAAAAGACGACAUGAAAAUGGAUAAAGAUAAGAUGGAAUUGGAAAAAGAGAAGAUGGAAAUGGAAAAAGAGAAGAUGGAAAUGGAAAAAGAAAAGAAGAAAAUGGAUAUGAAGCAAUAAAUUACGUUAAAGUUCAGUAGAACUAAGUUGUUCCGUUGUGAAGACUACUACUAAUAUCGGAGCAGUUUGUGUAAAGUCUGAGCAGUUGGUUCAGGGCUUCUGUACCAAAUACAUCGUUCGACAUUAAGAAAUGUUAAAACGAUUAUUAUUAGAUACGUAAUAGUCAAUAAAAUGUGAAUCUUUUGAAAAAUCACAGAUGAAAUAAAUCAUUUGAAAAUACAAA